GUGUAUGCCAAAAAGUCAAGAAGUCUCCACUCCAGUCACUAUUAAACAAAACAAAAAAUAGAAAGUGCUGCAAAACCAGUGCGUAUGUGAAGUGGAGAGAGAGAUGGUUAUGCAAGUAUCCAUGACCAUGGCAUCCUUGAAGCCUGUGUUGCUGAUGAUCUUCCUCAGCUUCUUCAACUUGGAGACGUGUAAAGCACAGGUGUACCUGUACCAUAACUGUUCAGGCAGCAACACCACCGCCAACAGCGCCUACCAACUAAACACCCGAACCCUUUUCACUUCCUUAACAUCCAACGCUUCCUCCGCCGAAUUCUCGAACGCCACCGUGGGAGCGUCCUCCUCCGACACCGUGCGCGGGCUGUUCAUGUGCAGGGGCGACAUGUCCGCCGCGCCGUGCCAGCAGUGCGUGGUGAACGCGACGCGGCGUCUCCUCUCCGAAUGCGCUUUGGCGAAACAGGGAGUGAUAUGGUACGACGAGUGCAUGGUACGGUACUCCAACCGGUCCUUCUUCUCGACGGUGGACACGCGGCCACGCCUUGGUCUCCUGAACACCGCCAACAUCACCAACCAGGAAUCGUUCAUGAGCUUGCUUUUCAAAACCAUAAACGAAACCGCUGACGAGGCUUCCAACUUCUCGGUGGGCGUGAAGAAAUACGCGACGAAGCAAGCCAACAUUUCGGCGUUUCAGACGCUGUAUUGUUUGGCUCAGUGCACGCAAGAUCUGUCUCGGGAAGACUGCAGAAGGUGUUUGAGUGGUGUGAUUGGAGACCUUCCUUGGUGCUGUCAGGGGAAGCAGGGAGGAAGGGUUCUCUAUCCCAGCUGCAAUGUUAGGUACGAGCUUUACCCUUUCUAUCACUCCACUGCUUCUCCGCCAGCGCCUUCACCCUCGCCAUCGCUGCUUCUUCCUCCUCCACCUUCCUCAAAUUCCGGAGGAAGCAGUGGGAUUUCAGCUGGGACGAUUGUUGCAAUUGUGGUUCCAAUAGCGGUUGCUGUGCUUAUAUUUAUAGUGGGAAUUUGUUUCUUAAGCAGAAGAGCAAGGAAGAAGCAGGGCCCUGUCAAGGAAGGGAAAACUGCGUAUGACAUCAGCACUGUCGAGUCCUUGCAAUUCGAUUUCGGAACAAUUGAAGCGGCCACGAAUAAAUUCUCUGUGGAUAAUAAGUUGGGCGAAGGUGGAUUUGGUGAGGUUUACAAGGGUACUCUUUCGAGUGGACAAGAAAUAGCUGUCAAGAGACUCUCCAAAAGUUCUGGACAAGGUGGGGAAGAAUUUAAGAUGGAAGUGGAAGUGGUUGCCAAGCUUCAACACAGAAAUUUGGUUAGGCUUCUCGGGUUUUGCUUGCAAGGAGAAGAGAAGAUACUUGUUUAUGAAUAUGUGCCCAACAAAAGUCUAGACUAUAUUCUCUUUGAUCAUGAAAGGCAAAGGGAGUUGGAUUGGGCAAGGCGUUAUAAGAUUAUUGGAGGGAUUGCUCGAGGUAUUCAAUAUCUUCAUGAAGACUCCAGGCUUAGAAUUAUACACCGUGAUCUUAAAGCUAGCAACGUAUUAUUAGACAGAGAUAUGAAUCCAAAAAUCUCUGAUUUUGGUAUGGCAAGAAUAUUUGGAGUUGAUCAAACUCAAGGAAACACUAGCAGAAUUGUAGGGACUUAUGGUUACAUGGCUCCUGAGUAUGCUAUGCAUGGAGAGUUUUCUGUUAAGUCUGAUGUGUACAGUUUUGGAGUCCUCCUUAUGGAGAUUAUAAGUGGCAAGAAGAAUAGCUCUUUCUAUCAAACGGAUGGUGCUGAGGAUCUAAUGAGCUAUGCUUGGCAACUUUGGAAGGAUGGAGCACAUUUGGAACUGGUGGACCCCAUAUUAAGAGAAUCCUGUAAUCAGAAUGAAGUUAUCAGAAGCAUCCAUAUUGGUUUGUUGUGUGUCCAAGAAGAUCCAGAUGACAGACCUACAAUGGCAACAAUAGUUCUCAUGCUAGAUAGUAAUACUGUUACUCUACCAACUCCUAAGCGUCCUGCAUUUUUUGUCCACAGUGGAACUGAUACAAACAUGCCAAAGAUGCUGCAAUUUGAUCAAUCCACAACAAAGUCAAUACCAAUGUCUGUCAACGAGAUGUCGAUUAGCGAAAUGGAUCCUCGAUAAGCUUCAUUGCUUUUUAAUAUGUUUCAUUAUCCAUGUACGUGUCUGUAUUGUCGUAGUUUCAUAUGAUUGUGUUUCGAAGUCUUGGAAAACUUUGUAUUCCAGUUGCUUAUUUUUCAACAGGAAAUAAUAUGUGCUGGCUGGCCGUAUAUAAUAA